UGUACAUACAAAUGGGCAAAAUAUAUGAGGAAAACUAUAAAAUGGUAAAACUGAAGAAAAUGCCAUCCAUACGAGAAACCCUCAAGGAGAUGGAUGUCACACCAGAUCAAGUGUUUUCUGAGAUUAUGCCGAAAUAUGAUGAACCGUCACCCACUAACGGCACAGCUCCAACACCUCUGAUCAACUACUUAGAUACUCAAUACUUUGGUGAGAUUAGUAUUGGUUCACCAGCUCAGAUGUUCAAUGUUGUGUUUGACACGGGUUCUGCCAACCUCUGGGUUCCCUCACAUAGCUGUUCUCCUUUAUACACAGCCUGCUUCACACACAACAGGUAUGAUGCUUCCAAAUCCCACACGCAUAUUUAUAACGGCACAGGAUUCUCCAUCCAGUAUGCUUCUGGAAACGUCCGGGGAUUUCUGAGUGAGGACGUGGUUAUAGUGGGUGGUAUCCCGGUGGUGCAGGUUUUUGCAGAGGCCACAGCUCUUCCUGCGAUCCCUUUCAUCUUUGCCAAGUUUGACGGAGUGUUGGGGAUGGGCUAUCCAGAUGCAGCCAUUGAUGGAAUUACACCCGUGUUUGAUCGCAUCAUGUCUCAACAUGUUCUAAAAGAGAAUGUUUUCUCUGUGUACUACAGCAGGGACCCAACACACGUCCCUGGUGGAGAGCUGGUGCUGGGGGGCACAGACCCGAAUUACUACACUGGAUCUUUCCACUAUAUGAAUACCAAAGAGGAAGGCAAGUGGGAGGUCAUCAUGAAGGGAGUGUCUGUGGGGGCAGAUAUGCUGUUUUGCAUGGACGGAUGUUCUGCUGUGAUUGAUACAGGCUCCUCCUACAUCACAGGCCCCGCCUCCUCCAUUUCCAUUCUGAUGAAAACAAUCGGGGCCAUUGAACUGGCAGAAGGAGGGUACACUGUGAGCUGUAAUCUGGUCAAGUUGUUGCCCACUGUGGCUUUUCAUCUUGGUGGUCAGGAAUAUUCUCUCACAGAUGAAGACUAUAUUCUCUGGCAGUCAGAGUUCGGGGAGGACAUCUGCACUGUCACAUUCAAAGCAUUGGAUGUGCCGCCCCCUACUGGUCCCAUCUGGAUACUGGGUGCAAACUUCAUAGCUCGAUACUAUACAGAGUUUGAUCGGGGAAACAAUCGCAUUGGCUUUGCUCGAGCAGUCUGACAGACCUGGGUUUUCUACUAUCCUAAAAUCUUAUCGUUAUCACAUAUACACAACAACAUAUUGGCUACAUGAUCUGUCACAUUAAUAGCAGAUAACCUAAGUUAAAGAUUCCCUUGUGAAAAACUAGUAGACUUUAGCAUACUUUUAAAAAGAGUACUUGUUAUGGGAAUAAUAUAAUUUAAAAGAAUAUCCUUAAGUACGAACUGAAUGUAAUGUUUUCGGACUCACACUUGCAUGUUUUUUACAAUUCAACUAAUAUAGUUUAAAUUUAUAAUAAAUGCAAUUAAUUUAAGAGUAUUUUGUUGACGCACAGUAUUGGAAUUAAAGGGAUAGUUCACCCAAAACUGAAAAUUAUCCCAUGAUUUACUCACCCUCAAGCCAUGGUGUAUAUGAAUAUCUUCUUUCAGAUGAACACAAUCAGAGAUAUAUUUAAAAAAUCCUGGCUCUACCAAGCUUCAAAAUGGUAGUGAAGGGGGGCCUUGUUUUGAAGCCCCCAAAAAUGCAUCAAUC